AUGGCUGAAGGAGACAGGUUCCGAGGGGAGGGAUACCAAGAGGGAUUUGAAAGAGGAAAAUGCAGAGGAUUGAAGGAGGGCCACCGACAUGGGGCCUCUCAUGGGGCCAAGUUGUCAACUGAGAUGUCCUUCUAUUAUGGGUUUGCCAUCACAUGGAAGUGUCUCCUCCAAAAUAAAACAGAUGUCAAAUCAAGAAAGCGUAUAAAAACUCUGGAGGCCCUCUUGGGUUUGAUCCAAAACUCUUCUCACAAUGAUCCUCAGUCUGCAACACUACAGGAGGACAUGGAGAAGCUUCGGGCCAAGUUCAGACAGGUCUGCUCUAUGUUGAAUGUCCCAACUGACUUCAAGGAUUACAUCAAAACCUCCCAAGGGACUUCUUUCUGAAUCACUCUUGAUCGUGAUGACGAGGAGGAGGAGCUGAAUGGACAUCUGCGAUCUGAACAGAGGAGAAUCAGGCUGAGCUGCUCUCAGUCAGCAGGCCUGCUGUUCGUCUCACAGGAGGCAUCAGAAGGUGACUGGUCGGUGGUGGAUUUAUUGUGUAAAGCAGUGACAGCAUCAGAGUGGUCUCUGCUCUCAGGUUCUGGUCACAUUCACAGAAGUCCAUGGUCCUCAUUAACCUGGAUCAGUCAGAGGAGUCACUGUCGCUCUUCAGCGCCAGGGGGAAUCUUUGUGUGUAUCUGUGGUAAAAGACUGGAUUAAUUGCAGUGAUGCAGUAUGUAUCAGGAACUGAAUUGAGAACCUGUAAAUGUAAUAAACCGACUGCAAGACAUUGUUGUUUUCAACACAAUUUCCUCUGUUAU